AUGGAUUUUGAUGACGAUGCCCCGCCAGAGCUCGUUAACACGGCCGCAGACGAUGUGGAUGGCGAGAUCACGGUCAAGGUCCCUAUUACUAUUGUUACAGGCUACCUCGGUGCUGGUAAAACGACGCUGUUGAAUUACAUUCUCACAGCCCAACAUGGCAAAAAGAUUGCUGUGAUUAUGAAUGAAUUUGGGGACUGUAAGGGGGUGAACAGGUUGAGGAGUGGCUUGAAGUUGGCAAUGGCUGCAUAUGUUGUUCACAAAACUAACAUGAAUAGGGAUACGGGUGUAAACGCGAUUGAGUCUCUCAUGUCCAAGAAGGGCGCAUUCGACUACAUCCUCCUGGAAACGACUGGCUUGGCUGACCCUGGUAACCUGGCGCCGCUGUUCUGGGUGGACGAUGGGCUUGGAAGUACAAUUUACCUUGACGGUAUUGUCACUCUAGUGGAUGCGAAAAACAUCCUGCUCAGCCUUGAUGACCCAAAGGGCAAGGUUGAAGGACAUGACCAUGAUGAUCACGGCCCAGUCAUGACCACAGCGCACGUCCAGAUCUCUCACGCGGAUGUGAUUGUCAUCAACAAGGCCGACAUGGUCACAGAGGCGGAGCUCAGCCAGGUCAGAGCAAGGAUUGAGUCAAUCAAUGGGCUGGCAAAGAUCCAUGUGACGGAGAGGAGUGUGGUUCCCCAACUGGAGGGAUUCCUGCUUGAUCUGCAUGCAUAUGAUCAAUUUAAUGAAUCCGAGGCGAGUGCCAAGGGGCAUAGUCAUCUCGACCCUGUAAGUUCCCGUCGACCUCGGUAUCUCUUGGGUCAAAUUCUGUUGCUAACCGUCCGCUUAGACCAUCUCAACCAUGCUGUUGACCGUUGGCUACGGUCAGUGCUGUGGGACAACAAGCUCCCCGAGGCGGACAAGGAGGGAGGGUUUGAGAUUCACCGCUCCAAGGGCCGUCUUGUGUUUGCCAACGGAGACAUCAAGAUGCUGCAGGGGGUUAGGGAGAUUUUUGAGAUAAAUGACGGGCCGCGAGAUGAUGAGGCGCCGCCUCCAGAGGGCAAGAUCAUUCUGAUUGGACGAAACGUGGCUGAGCACAAGCAUCCAUUCGAUCGAUCGCAUCAACGACCGCCUUUCGUCUGCCCGCUCGACAACCUACGCAGCAAGUCUCGAGCCGCGACCUCCCAUCCAAGCAUUCGCUCGACAACGUUGACUUUACAUCCUCCGCGACUUGCCCUCAAAGCUCGCGCGAACUACUGCAAUCAUGAAUCGGCCAGCUCGUGUGUCCUCGCGAUUCUUCGCACCACGAUGCUCUUCCUCGACCCUCGGGCAGUGCCACAGACACUCCGCGGAAUGCCUGGUGGCUUCGGUGGUCAACAACAACCUCAACAACCUGGACGAGCAGGUUCAGCACGAUUACCGAACGGAAAGCUGGGAAACAACAACCCGGGUUGGGCGUUUGGAGGAGGUGUUCCUAUGGCAGGGGCAGGCCCUCAGAACGCAGGACGUCAGCUUGGCGGAAACGUGAGCUUUGCGCAGAGCUUGACCGGGUCGCAACCUGCCACACCUCUGGACUUGUCAGAAUUUCCAUCAUUAUCCAACAACCCUCAGAUGUCCAACGCCAACGCGCAGUCAAUGUGGUCGACGGCUGGGUCGAGGAACCCUGGUGGCCCUGUACCACGUAACCAGUCUGCCACCCUUGGCUCGCAGCAGGGCGGCCAAGAAGAUCUGUUCAGCCCCUCCUCCCGCGGACCUCCAGUGCAGGGUGGCUUUCGGUUUGGAAAUCAAGGGAGCAUUGGCCAGUCGUCUCAGGCUCAAACCGGUAGCAUCGACGACUUUCCCCCUCUCAACCGAACAGCAAACGGAGACAUUUCAUCUGAGCGCGCGGCGAAUCUGAUGUCAUCUCUGGGAUUUGGACCUCAAGCUGGUGCCUCUGGUCAUGUGCCAAACAGGGGGAAUGGCCUUCUCAACGCAGUUUCGGCUAACAGCCGGGCGAAUGAGGCAAGGUCACCGCCUGGCAUUGGCGCCCCUGGCUCUUCAAGGCCACAGGAUGGCAAGGCCGCUGUUAUUGAGGACGAUUCACGGCAGAAACCUACAGGCAUGCGGGAAGAAGGACCUGGCGCAGCCGCUGCUGAGGGAGCAUCUCCUUUAGGGGCUAUCGGCAACGAUGGUUCUGGCAGGAAUUUGAACGACGACCAGGACGCCCAAGCUGCAGAGGUUAUUGACCCUCUAGCUGGCAUGUCCGCAGCCGACAGGUGGGGUAUUAAGGGCCUCAGAACGCUUAUGAACAACUAUCCCGACUACCACGCGAUGGUGGUGGGCAUGGAUCCGAUGUCGUUGGGGCUCGACAUGUCGUCUCCGGACCUGUUCUCAACACAGAACUACUCCCUCUUUGACGACACACCUCCUCGGCCAGCUAUAAAUGCUGGCAAAUUCCGACUGCCUGAUUGCUACAAUGUGACUAAUGUUCAACCAAUUGAGAGCAAGAUUCCCAACUUCAAUGAGGAGACCCUAUUCUGGAUCUUCUACAGCUCCCCAGCGGACUUGAAGCAGCAGAUGGCCGCAGUAGAACUACACUCACGAAACUGGAGAUGGCACAAGAAAUUGCAGCUUUGGUUGACAAAGGAUGAUCACAUGACUCCUCAAACCCUGGGCCCUACCCAUGAGCGAGGAUACUACAUUGUGUGGGAUUCAAGCACCUGGCGCAAGGAGCGGCGGGAAUUCACCCUCCAUUACGGCGACCUGGAUACCAGUCUCAGCCAGGGACCGGCUGUGUCCUAG